AUGGAUGGCGAGCUGGACGUGGACGAAGAGGCGUACGACAUGCUGUUCAGCCCGGUGACGCCGUGGCCCUGCCUGUCGCUGGACUUCGUGCUGAGCAGGCCGGGUGGGGGCCAGCCCCCGGUAGGGGAGGCCAAGAAGAAGGGGCGCGACAAGGGGGGGCGCUUCCCCCUGGCGUACCCGCUGCAGAUCACCUGCGUGGCGGGGAGCCAAGCGGCCACGGGGAGCCAAAACGAGAUCUACCUCCUCCGGUGGGACAACCUGAACAGGCUAGGGGGCGGCGAGGAGAGCGGCGAGGAGAGCAGCGAGGAGAGCGGCAAUAGCGGCCAGAGUGACGAUGGCAACCACCUCGGCGGUCAUGGGGAGAAGAAGCAAACGGGAGCGCCCCCGCCCCGCUUAGCUCGCAAGAAAGAACACGUCGUGUGCAAAGCCAUCAAGCACCCGCACGGAGGACUCAACAGAAUAAAGACGUGCAAAAAAAUAAACUCUCUCAUCGCCACCUGGUGCGAAGACGGCAAUGUGUAUGUAUAUGAGAUGUCAGAAGAGAUAAGGCACCUAGAUGAGAGACCCUACCAUGAGGAGCUCGUGAAGAAGCCCCUGCACGUGUUUGAGGGGCACACCACAGAAGGAUUCAGUUUGGACUGGAACCCCGUCCAUGCGGCCAAGCUGCUAAGUGGAGACAACGAAGGGAACUUAUUUCUGUGGCUGCCGGAUAAUGAGGUGAAGUGGACUUACGAACGGUUGAGCAUCGAGAGUGGCACUCAACAGAAAGGAGACAGAAGUGAUGGGAAGGCAAAAGGAAGAAAGAAACACACCAUAGAGGAUGUCCAGUGGAGCAAAGGAGGAAACGGGUUCGGCCACGUGUUCGCCAUGUGCUCCUCUGACAGAAGUGUAAGCAUAAUAGAUACACGAGAUUUAAAAAAGGAUAAUCAAAAAAGAGAGGGAAGGAACGGCACGCACCUACACAUAGCAGAUGCUCAUGCGGCCGAUGUUAAUGUGCUGUCCUGGAAUGAAAACGUUCCCUUUUUGAUUGCAUCUGGGGGGGAUGACUCCAUUGUAAAAAUAUGGGACAUAAGGAACGCUUCCAAUCCGGUAGCUGAAUUAAAGUUUCAUAAGCAACCCAUUUCGGCUGUCUCCUGGGAUCACAGUGAUACCUACGUGGUGCUCGCGGCCAGUUUGGAUAAUUCGAUUUCCAUUUGGGACCUCUCCGUGGAGACUGAGUCGUUAGAGUUUGGCUUGACCAAGCACCCCGACCAGCUCCUCUUCGAGCACCUCAACCAGAAGUUCAUCACGGACGCCAAGUUCCACCCCCUCCACCCGGGCCUCGUCGUCUCCACCUCCAGCAACAAAUUUAACAUCUUCAAGCCCUGCAAUGUGUAG